CAGUCAGCAGCCAGCCAGCCAGCCAGCCAAGUUAGUCGUCCUUAGGCCAGAGUAAGCGUAACACGUACCAAUUAACGGCACUCGGAUAACGGGAAAGAUAACGUCGGGACGAACUGCCUGUCUAUGUCUAGAGUCAGUCUUAAGGCUAGAGUGUUUGGUGUGACAGUGCGAUAAAAACGUCUGUUGGAGUAUUAAUUUCCAUUGAUCAACUACAGCCAGGGCGCCAAGGGAAUCUCUCUGUGUGUGUGUGUGUGUCUUUGGUAGCUCAUAAUCCCUAGAACGUUUAUUAUUGUCUCAAAUAGGGUGUAACCACCCAUCUGCCACGAAAUAAAAUAGAAUCAUCAGCUACUCAAUAACCCAGCCGAGUAGUUGCCUGUGAUACAUAAAACCCUUUUGUGCCACACAAAACAAAUGUAAAUGCGAAUGCGAAUGCCAUAAAUUAGUUUUUCCCAUGGAAUGCGAAACAGCCCAGGCAAACAAACGAGGCUAGGCCAACUUAAAUUGGAGCACAACGCGGAAUCAUACUUUUGUUUCGUUCGACACUGAAGCUGGGCCGACAUCGCCAUCAUCAUCAUGGCUAAUACGAUUUUCAAAUAUCAUCAGCAUUCUCAGCAGCAUCAUAGUCAGCACAAUCCCAAUUAUCCGUAUCAUCAGGUCCAUGGGAGCAGUGGGAGCAGCAUUAGCGCUGGCAUUGCCACCAUUGAUGGCAGCAGCUCCAGCACCACCAACCACAAUCAAAACAAUAGCAAUCAAAAUUCAAUAUUCGUUUUAAAUGCCGAAGCGAAAAUUUCGCCAAAUAGUUGUAGGAAAUUCUAUUUAGAUUUUAACGAUAACCCAAUGGACUCAUCUGCAACGCUAACCCAACAAUCAACCGCCGCCACAACGGCCACAGCUGGCAAUGGGAUCAAUAGUAAUUUCUCCUCGUUUCCCUCGGCCUCGUCGGUAUGGUCCUCGGCCUCGUCCACUAUGUGUUCACCUGCUGCCCAUGCCAUACAGAAGCUGUUCAACUGCAGCAGCGGGGGUGGAGGCGGAGGCGGUGCUGGCUCCACAACGAAACAUUAUGGAAAUUUAAGCUCUGGAAUUGAUUCAAAGUCAUCAGCAUUAACAUCAUCGUCAUCAUUUAAGACCUCCAAAUCGGAAUUAUUGAAGAAGAAAUCAAAGUUCUGGCAAUACCUGGAAGGGGAGACACAAACGGCGUCGGCGGCGGCGACGACAACAACGAGCUAUGAGGGAAUUGAUAGCAGCAAAAAGGGUAAAGGCAAAAGCCGGAAACACAAAUCAAAAUAUUGGCCUAAAUCCAAUGCAAACGACGAUGAUAAUCAAAGCAGUCAUAAUGACUUAUCCGAGUUGCUGGAGUACUCGUGUAGCCUCUGUGACAACUGUCGCUGUAUGGACUGUCAGAUUGGCUACUUUGACUGUGACAAUUCGGAUGACAGCAACUCGGAGUACUCGUUUCACAUGAAUGCCUAUGACGAGGAGGAGGAUGAGGACAAUGGCGACAACGAUGACAUCGGCCGGGGCAUGGAAUUGAAGGCAACCAUAACAGCGUCAAGGACCCGGGCAACAUCGACAGCAUCAACAACGCCCAGCGAUGAUUCCGGCGAGGCCGUAGACGAGGAUAGCGAAGCAAAGCAUGCAUUAGCUUGCAAUAAAAUCGACAAUAAAAAUGCCAUCCAACAAUUAGAAUUUGAGAGCUCCAUUCGUCGCAGUGGCGGAAGUCAUGGCCCAACCCGACAUGGAAUGCCCGAGUGUUGUCAUCAAUGCUAUGGCCUGGAGGUGGAACAGCAUUGUCUGGAUUUUCAUCAACUCUACAACAGCAGUGAAUGCUGUGGUAGUGGUGGUGUUGGUGGCGGGGGCGGUGGCGUUGCCAUUGCCAUCAGCCAUAGAAAGCACUAGCAACGGCAAGUGUGAUUCAUGCAUGCAUGUUCAUGUUCAUGCUAAUGAAUAGAAAUUAAUUGCUUCGAAACAAAAACCAAAACAAAAACGACAUGAAGUCUCAUGCAAAUUUAUUACAAACAAAAGAAAAUAAAACAAAAAAAAAUUGUGCCAAAGUUUCAACAUUUUUUCUAAAUUGACUUAAAAACGUUACGAAAAAAUUAAAAGAAAAAUUCUCAAAAUAAAAUACGAAAAGAUACAAAA